UGUUCGGUCACAUGAUAAUACCAGCAGCUAUGUGGCUGCGUCCCACACUUCUGUUGGGCUUGGUCGGCAGUAGAGGGUUCGUUAGAAGCAUGUGUGCUCAAGCUCACGACUGGCAAAGUGCUAAGUCCAUCUAUGAAUUUUCUGCCAAGGACAUUGAUGGGGGUGAUGUAUCUCUGGAAAAAUACAGGGGAUAUGUUUGCAUUAUUGUAAAUGUUGCCUCUAAAUGAGGAAAGACGAAGGUAAACUACACUCAGCUUGCUGAAAUGCACGCCAAGUAUGCUGAGAAAGGUUUACGCAUCCUGGCUUUUCCAUGCAACCAGUUUGGAGGACAGGAACCGGGGACAGAUGCGGAGAUUAAAGAGUUUGCCAAAGGUUACAAUGCAGAGUUUGACCUCUUCAGUAAGAUUGAUGUAAAUGGUGACAGCGCUCACCCUCUGUGGAAAUGGAUGAAAGCACAACCCAAAGGAAAAGGAUUUCUUUCAAACAACAUCAAGUGGAACUUUACUAAGUUUCUGAUAAAUAAGGAAGGGGAGGUGGUGAAGAGAUACGGUCCCAAUGAGGAUCCAAGCGAGGUGGAGAAGGAUUUGCCAACAUACAUGUAAAUCUGCACUGUGCUCCUGUUUCCUCUCAAAUGGAUUUCGGGGUAUUUGUGUGGGUGGAUCUGGACCUGUGACGGACCUGUCCGUAAACCCAUCCUUGGGGUGGACAGGGCCUGAUGACCCAGCGUGCAACUUAUUUCCAGAAAAGCCCACUUUAUGCCUUGUAAAACCAUGUGAGAGGAAAACUAUUAAACCAACUGCAUCAUUUAUUACUCUAAAAUCAGUCAUUCCCUUUUCCAGUGGCAAUAGAAUCCUGUCUUUUCCUGCCUGUCAUUAGUUUUAGGAGAACAUAAAUGACCUCAAUAAAUAAGCUUUUGGUCAAGCUACUGAUAGCUUAGUUUGCACUUGUUGUCUAUGUUCCCUGUUGAGACUCACACUGGUAAUUUAUGAAAUGAGAUAUAAAAAUAAUAAAGAAGUUUUGAACUG